GUACGUGGGGAACCUGUCAAGAGAUGUGACUGAAGCUCUGAUCCUCCAGCUGUUCAGCCAGAUCGGACCCUGCAAAAACUGCAAAAUGAUCAUGGAUACAGCUGGAAACGACCCCUAUUGUUUUGUGGAGUUCUACGAGCACCGGCACGCGGCCGCAGCGCUGGCUGCCAUGAAUGGCAGGAAGAUAAUGGGUAAGGAGGUCAAAGUGAACUGGGCGACGACCCCCAGCAGCCAGAAGAAAGACACCAGCAGCAGUACCGUUGCCAACACACAGCGUUCACAAGACCAUUUCCAUGUCUUUGUUGGAGACCUCAGCCCAGAAAUCACAACUGAAGAUAUAAAAGCAGCUUUCGCCCCGUUCGGCAGAAUAUCAGAUGCCCGUGUGGUUAAGGACAUGACAACAGGGAAAUCCAAAGGCUACGGCUUCGUUUCCUUCUUCAAUAAAUGGGACGCAGAGAACGCCAUUCAGCAGAUGGGUGGGCAGUGGCUCGGCGGACGGCAGAUCAGAACCAACUGGGCAACGAGGAAACCUCCAGCUCCAAAGAGCACGUAUGAAUCAAACACCAAACAACUCUCUUACGAUGACGUGAUCAAUCAGUCCAGCCCCAGCAACUGCACGGUGUACUGUGGAGGGGUGACUUCAGGGCUGACAGAGCAGCUCAUGCGACAGACCUUCUCUCCCUUCGGGCAGAUCCUGGAGAUCCGAGUCUUCCCAGACAAGGGCUACUCCUUCGUACGGUUCAGUUCCCACGAGAGCGCCGCACACGCCAUCGUGUCUGUCAACGGGACCACUAUUGAGGGGCACGUGGUGAAGUGCUACUGGGGCAAGGAGACACCAGACAUGAUCAGUCCUGUCCAGCAGGAAAAAAAACUCGGGCCCCCGCCGGCCUACGGGCAGUGGGGCCAGUGGUAUGGCAACCAGCUGGGCCAGUACGUGCCCAACGGCUGGCAGGUCCCUGCCUACGGCAUGUACGGACAGGCCUGGAACCAGCAGGGCUUCAA